AUGGCUUCCAAUGCUCCGCAGCGAUGCUGCUAUACCGGUGUCAAACACGAGGGCGAGGCGAAAGGGAGGCUUGAGAAGGUUGGAGGCAUCGAGUCGUACAUCGCGGAGCCAGAAAGCAAGCAGACCGAUACUGCUGUCCUCCUCUUGACGGACAUUCUCGGACACAAGUUCAACAACAUCCAGCUCAUAGCUGAUCGAUUCGCCGAGAAUGGCUACUUUGUUGUCAUGCCCGAUCUAUUCGAAGGCGAUCCAGUCCCACUGAACUCGAUGCACGACGGCGAGGCCAUCGGAAAAUGGUUCCGAAGCGGCGGCCCAAGUGGUGGGCACACUACCGUACAAGUCGACCCCAUCGUCGAAGCCGUCAUCAAAGGCAUGAAGUCUCAUUACAACGUCAAGAAGAUCGGGUCCGUAGGAUACUGCUUCGGCGCGAAAUAUGUCGCUCGCUACUCAGCGCCCGGCAAAGGCAUCGACGUCGCCGCCUUCGCUCAUCCAUCUUUCGUCGAUGCUGAGGAGCUCAAGGCCAUGGCUGCUUCUUUGGCCAUCGCCGCUGCGGAGACGGAUCACAUCUUCCCGCCGGAGAAGAGGCGCGAGUCGGAGGAUAUCUUGAAGGAGAUGAAGACACCGUAUCAGAUGACGUUGUACUCGGAUGUCGAGCAUGGGUUUGCGGUCAGGGCAGAUUUGAACAAGCCGGAGGUGAAGUUUGCGAAGGAGGCGGCGUUUUUGCAGUGCGUGCAGUGGUUUGAUGAGUUUCUGAAGAGCAAGUGA